AUGAUGUUCUAUCCUCUACUUGGGGUUUUAUCCGCAGCAAAUCUGGGACUUGCGGCCAUAUGGUCAAGGUCAGCCUCUCUGCCAACGGCAACGAUCGACUCGGGACCUAUCAUUGGGACAACGACUUCGUUCCCAUCUUCGACGAGGACUGUGAAGAAAUUUCUGGGAAUUCCCUUUGCCAAAAAGCCAGUUCGGUUUACUCCUUCAGUGGCAGUGGAUGGUUGGUCCAAGCCUUACAAUGCCACAACAUGGGGGGUUGCAUGCAACCAGGAAAUCAGCCAAGCCGCGGAAUUGUUCUAUGAAGCGAUACACCUCGGUAAUCCCUUGGGAGGAGAGGGUGAAGACUGCCUCAACCUCAAUGUGUUCACACCUAAAUCAGCCUCACGUGGAUCUUUAGCGGUGCUGGUUUGGUUUUAUGGUGGCGGCAACGCGAAUGGUGCCACAUCUUUGCAUCAAUACGAUGGCUCGUACUUUUCUGCAAUGCAAAACGUCGUGGUGGUUUCAGUCAACUAUCGGACGAAUGUCUUUGGGUUUCCAGGAGGUGAUGUUCCUCUGGAGCAUAGAAAUCUCGGACUAUUGGAUCAACGACUGGCCUUACGAUGGAUUCAACGUAAUAUUGCGACUCUAGGAGGAGACCCAGACAAAGUGACUAUAUUUGGCGAGAGUUCUGGAGCUGCAAGUGUUGAUGCAUUGCUCACCUCUCCUCCCGAUCCUAUGUUAUUUCGAGCAGCUAUCAUGCAGUCAGGACAGAGUUCUGUUAAGCUUGACAACGCCCCCGACGAUAUCGGUUACUCUGAAUCAUGGAAACAGCUCCUGUCGGCCACGAACUGUACUUCUAAUCCUAUCCGCUGUCUUCGAUCAAUCCCUGCUGCCAAACUGGAAGACAUAGCGACGAAGAAUAACUACUCUGGAGGACCCGUUGCCGACAAUGGUCAGACAUGGGCAACCUCUCCUCGCUAUGAACGCAUUAUAUCCAAAGAGGGAAACUCUUCCAUUGCACGGGUACCCAUUCUGAUCGGAAAUAAUGCUGAUGAGGACAAGCCUUUCAUCAUUGGAAUGAAUGAUACAUUGUCAGCUUUGUUUGAAGCUGGACUAGGCGCAUAUGCACCCAUAAUUCUCGCUGCGUACCCGAUAGGCGCAUCUGGUGUACACACGGAGAAUGACCGAAUAUCAUUGAUUGUCAAUGACUUCGAAAUGAACUGUCCAAUCGGCACAUUUGCAAAUGAUUCUACCAGAGUCGGUAUUCCCACUUGGCGAUACUUUUUCAACGCCAGCUUUCCCAACAACGAGCUAUUCCGGGGAAGUGGAGCUUACCAUUCUGCAGAAAUUCCUUUGAUUUUUGGCACCUACCAAAGAGAGAAUGUCACUUUCUUUGAGAAGGAGGUCAGCCAGGCUAUGCAAAAGGCAUGGGGUGACUUUGCUAAAGACCCAUAUUGUGGUCCAGGUUGGGAUACGGUCCCUACUGUUGGUGUCUUUGGUGAUGGUGUGAAAGCUGGUAUGAGUGCAAUUGAGAAGAAAGCCUUGAGAAAUGCCUCGGCUGGGGAAAUUGAUUCGAGAUGUCACCUAUAUAAGUCUAUAUAUGCAAAGACCUUGCAUGAUACCUACUGA